AUGGACAACAAAGACGUUGAAGCAAAAGAGAUUGAGGAGGCGGGUUCCUAUCCACUUCAGGUCCCAGGUUCGAUCAAGGAGGGAGAAGCUGACAGAGGUCUGGAGUGGACGAAUGAGGAGGAAAAAAAGCUGGUGCGAACUAUUGACUGGCGCGUCUUUCCAAUGCUAUGCACUAUCUUCGGGCUCUCGCUGUUAGACCGAACAAAUAUAUCCUCUGCCUACAUCGCUGGCCUCGGAACGGAUAUUCAGCUUUCGCAAGGAUCGCGAUACAACAUCGCCCUACUUGUCUUUUUUAUCGGAUAUGGGCUAUUCGAACUCCCAUCGAACCUCCUCAUCCGCCGCAUCGGAGCCAGGGUGUGGCUAAGCUUCCUGAUUAUAUCAUGGGGCGCUUGCGUUCUCGGGAUGGGGUUCGUUCACAGCUGGCAGUCCUUAACCGUGUGUCGUGCGUUACUCGGGAUCUUCGAGGCUGGACUCUUCCCCGGUGCAGUCUUCAUCAUCGCAUCGUGGUACCGGCAGUAUGAGACGGCCACGAGGGUCUCGCUUUUCUAUAUGGCCGCACUGAUCGCGUCUGGAUUCGGACCGAUCCUCGCUUACGUGUUUUCCUUGAUUCGAGUUGGAAAUGGAAUGUACAGACAGGGCUGGCGGUGGAUUUUUAUCAUCGAGGGCAUUGCGACCAUUGUGGCCGGGAUUGCCGCCGCAUUUUUCCUCGUGGAGUUUCCCGAUAAAGCACGCUGGUUGACGCCCCGACAGAAACAGAUUGCGAUCGCUCGGCUAUCCGAGGACAAGCGGGAGCGAGAGUACAAACACCCCAGUCUCAGGGAGGCGAUGAUGAUGCUCGGGGAUUGGAAGAUUAUCUUCAAUUCAGUAUUUCAUCGCCGCCUCGAGUGUCUACUCCAUUGCGUACUUCAAGACCAUCAUUCUCCGAGAAGGAUGGGCUUCAGCUACGCCCUGGCCCAGAUACUCUCAUCACCACCGUACGUAUUCGCUGUGAUCAUGUCUCUGGCUAUGGCCUGGCUGUCCGAUAAGUAUAAAAUCCGCUGGGCCAUUCUCGUGGUGCAAUCGCUUUCUGCGGUCGUGGGGCUCCUCAUCACGCUCUACUGCAAACCCCCCGGCGUUCGUUACUUUGGCCUCUUCCUCGCCGUCUUCGGCACGCAGGCGAAUAUACCAGGGACACUAUCAUAUGGCCAAAGCCAGAUCCCGACGGUGGAGAAACGCGGCGUGGUCGCGGCAGCGAUGAUAUCUGUGGGUGCUGCUGGGGGGAUCGCGGGGUCCACUAUCUUUCGGACGCAGGAUGCGCCUACAUAUCUCCCGGGAAUGUGGGCCACGAUUGCGAUGCAAAUGCUAUAUACCGUUGUGACGGUGAUCUUUUCGUUUUACCUCCAGCGGCAGAACCGCCGCGUGGACAAAAAGGAGCGAGGCGACUUGGAGGGUGUGCCAGGGUUUCGAUAUGCCCCUUGA